CCGCCGCUGCCGCCGCCGCCGCCCGGGCCUCGCUGCUCGGCGCGCCGCCGCUCCGGUGCCAGCGGUGCCACCCUGCUGGCAGCGGGGCCCGGCCGCCGCGAUCUCGAUAGAGUGUACGCAACAGGCGGGCGCCGGCGGAGCUGCGGGCGCCAGUGAACGAGCACGACCGGUGACCGAGCGGCCGGGGGCGGCGAGCGAGCGCCCGCCCGCCCGCCCGGGGCCGGGCAUGUGCGGCGGGGCGGCGGGCAGGGUGCCCGGGCAAGGGCGUUUGAAGGAAACGUGAGGCGCGGCGGCAGCGGCGGCGGCGGCAUGGACGCGGCGCCGAGCCGGAGCCCCGAGGCUCGGGAGAAGCCGCCGGUGCUGGACGGGGAGGCGGCGGGCGCGGCCCCGGCCUCGCCGGCGGCGGCGGAGCAGAUCGUGGCGGAGGGCGAGGCGGCGACGGCGGCGGCGAGCACGUUCGUACAACGGCAGCUCGGGGCCAUGCUGCAGCCCGCCGUGAACAAGUUCUCGCUGCGCAUGUUCGGCAGCCACCGGGCCGUGGAGAUCGAACGGCAGCGGGUGAAGUCGGCCGGUACCUGGAUCAUCCAUCCCUACAGCGACUUCAGGUUUUACUGGGACCUCAUCAUGCUGCUCCUGAUGGUGGGGAAUUUGAUCAUCCUGCCCGUGGGCAUCACCUUCUUCAAGGACGAGAACACCCCUCCCUGGAUCGUUUUCAACGUCCUUUCGGACACUUUCUUCUUGGCUGACCUGGUGCUGAACUUCCGGACAGGCAUCGUGGUGGAGGACAACACAGAGAUCAUCCUCGACCCUCACACCAUCAAAAUGAAGUACUUGAAGAGCUGGUUCCUGGUUGACUUCAUCUCCUCCAUCCCAGUUGACUACAUCUUCCUCAUCGUCGACCUGGAGACCCAGGUGGAUUCUGACGUCUACAAGACCGCUCGGGCCCUGCGCAUCGUUCGCUUCACCAAGAUCCUCAGCCUGCUGCGCCUCCUGCGCCUCUCGCGCCUCAUCCGCUACAUCCACCAGUGGGAGGAGAUCUUCCACAUGACUUACGACCUGGCCAGCGCUGUGGUGAGGAUCUUCAACCUCAUCGGUAUGAUGCUGCUGCUCUGUCACUGGGAUGGCUGCCUCCAGUUCCUGGUGCCCAUGCUGCAGGACUUCCCUGAGGACUGCUGGGUCUCCAUCAACCACAUGGUGAACGACUCCUGGGGGAAGCAGUACUCUCACGCCCUCUUCAAGGCCAUGAGCCACAUGCUCUGCAUUGGCUACGGCCAGCAGGCCCCCGAGGGCAUGACGGACGUCUGGCUCACCAUGCUCAGCAUGAUCGUGGGGGCCACCUGCUACGCCAUGUUCAUCGGCCACGCCACUGCCCUCAUCCAGUCACUGGAUUCCUCCCGGCGCCAGUACCAGGAGAAGUACAAGCAAGUGGAGCAGUACAUGUCCUUCCACAAGCUGCCCGGGGACACACGCCAGCGGAUCCACGAGUACUACGAGCACCGCUACCAGGGCAAGAUGUUCGACGAGGAGAACAUCCUGGGGGAGCUCAGUGAGCCGCUCAAAGAGGAGAUCAUCAACUUCAACUGCCGCAACCUGGUGGCCAACAUGCCCCUGUUUGCCAACGCGGACCCCAACUUUGUCACGGCCAUGCUGACCAAGCUGCGCUUCGAGGUCUUCCAGCCCGGGGACUUCAUCAUCCGCGAGGGCACCGUGGGCAAAAAGAUGUACUUCAUCCAGCAUGGAGUGGUCAGCAUCCUCACCAAGGGCAACAAGGAGACAAAGCUGUCUGAUGGCUCCUACUUCGGUGAAAUCUGCUUGCUGACCCGGGGCCGGCGGACGGCCAGCGUGAGAGCUGACACCUACUGCCGCCUCUACUCCUUGUCAGUGGAUAACUUCAACGAGGUGCUGGAGGAGUACCCCAUGAUGCGCAGAGCCUUCGAGACGGUGGCCAUGGACCGCCUGGACCGCAUAGGGAAGAAGAAUUCCAUCUUGCUCCGCAAGCGAGCUGAGCACAGCUCGGGGCCCAUGAACACCGAGAUGAUCCAGCAGAUCGUGAAGCAUGACCAGGACGUGGCCCACAACAUCCAGGACCUGCAGCAGAUGGCCAUCGGCCGGGAGCUGAGCGGCAAGCCGGUGAUCUGGGAGCCGCUGGUGCACGCCCCCCUGCAGACAGCCGCUGCCACCACCAACGUAGCCAUUGCCUUGACUCACCAGCACAGCCUGCAGGCCCACAUCUUCCUGCCGCCCUCCUCCAUCUCCAGCCCCCUCUCCCCUGAGGCCACUCUGCUCACCAAGCAAGUGCGCAGGUCCCAGCCCAGCCUGGGGGGCUCCCGGCCCUCCUCUGUGAGCUCCCCGUCGGGGGCACCGUCUCACCUCCAGACACCUGCUGCCGGUUCGCCUUCCUCCCCCAUGGUCCAGUCCCAGGUGUCCCUGGAGAGCGGGACCCAGAGACCAAGCCCCGGGGCGCAGCCGCCGCCGCGCACGGCGCAGAAGGGAGAGCUGCCGCCGGCGGCCAAGCAGCCCCCGGCCGGCUCCCAGCCGCAGCUCUCCAAGUCCCGUGGCACCUCGGUCUCCACCUCGCUGCUGCAGCAGGCGGCUGGGGCUCCGUCCCCCAGCUCGGAGCAGGCACUGCCGGCGGGGAGAACGCUCCACUACAGCCUGUCCCGAGCCACCGGCUCCCACAUCUCCCUUCUGAUGCAGCCCCAGCAGCUGGUGAAGCACAGGAGCAUCCAGGGCCUGCCGGUGGGGAGGCUCACCCAGGACGUCCGGCUGCUCUCCGCCUCCCAGCCCUCCCUUCCCAACAAAGUGUCCCAGCAAGCCGACGGGAGCUCCUUGCAGCAGGGCAGGAAAUCUGCGGGGAACCUGGCCCGCAGGUCCUCUCCCUCGGUCGCUGGACUCCUCGCCAAGCCAUGUCCGGGGACCCCAGGCCAGCCAGCACACCCACAGCAGAUGCCUUCAGGAUCUCUGGCUCAAUCCAGCCGCUCGGUGGCAGGAGCAUCCACCCCGCAGUCCCCAGCCUCCACCUCCAGGCAGGCAGCAGGUCCCUCCCGCAAGGGCUCCGUGGCCUUCAGCCCCGAGGUGGAAACAGGGAAGCCCAAACUCCCCUCCAACAUGUGAGUCCCUGGUGGCGUCUGUGCACAGGCAGGAGGGAUCCAGGCAGCAGAGGUGGCAGCAGAGGCAGAGCACCUGGCAAAGGCCCCCGAGCCCUGGCUGCAUCGGAGGGAGGAUGAGGUGAGAGGCAGCAUCGGAGGCCAUGGCCUGGCUGCUCUGGGCAUGGGGACACGGCAGGGACAGGUGUGGGGCAGCCCCAGAGCUGGCCCUGCUGGAUGAGGAGGGUCUGCUGACUGUCCCGAGGGGGAGCCUGCCCAGGCUCUCCUGUCCUUGCUCCAUCACCAUCUGUCUGAGUCUUGCCCUCCUCCUGGAGGCAAUGGGCUGGGUCAGAGCCCUCACCCACACUCCAGCCUGCCUAGGGAGCUUGGCUCCCUGUGACUGCUCGAUGGGGCUGGGCUGCCCCACGCGCUGCUCCUAGGUCCCAUGGCCUCUCCUUGGGGCCAGGCUGGUGCUGGUGGCUCCUCCAGACCUCUGCCGCAGCUGUAGGCACCACCUGCCCACCUUAAUGCCCAGAAAGCUGUGCCCAGUGCCUUUGCUUUUUGGGAGAGAAGGGAGAGGCAGACCCCCGGGGACCACUGCUAAGGGAAGAAUGGGGGGGCUGAAGCCCAUGGUGGGGUCUCCCCAGGCAAGUGGGGCACAGAUAUCCAGAGCCAGUGGGGCCAGGUCCCCCAUGCCUGAGGUACUGGCAGGUCCCUUGGGGCACAGUACCAGGAUCUGGGGUCAUGGGCAGAGUCUCCCUGGUGUGAUGAGUGCCAAGUGGUGCAGAUGGCUCUCCUGCUGAGCAGCCCCCACAUGCCUCUCUCAGGCUUGGGGCAACAUCCUGCCCUAGAGGUGCUGGGCCAGAAUGUGCUGCCAGGCAGGGCUCUGCUCCAACACCUGGGCACUGCAGCCUGGCCCCUUGUCAUGCUCUAUCAAGGGGGCAGCCCUGGGAGGACCUCUCUUGUCUGUGGGUCCAGGAGGAUGCUCAGAGUGGGCAGCCUCGGGGGUACCCCACUGCCUGCAGCUCCUGAGAGGGUGCUCAGCCUGGGCUCUGCUGCCCCCCCUGCCCUGCAGUCCAGUUUCCAGACUGCCUGGAGAUGCUUGGCAGCAGCAUCACGGCGAAUAAAAGAGCGUCAUGAAGAGAUGUCAACCCCAGGCAGUGCCUGGGCGGUGUGCGGGGCCGUGGGGCUGCUCCCUUCCCCUUCCUUGGUUCCCAUGCGCGAAGGCAGGGGGCAGGGAUCCCUGUGGCCAGCCCACAUCGCCCCUCCGGAGCCAGUAGUCAGCAAUGUGUGUUCGAGUCGUGGCUCUGCUGAGCAGCUGAGCUCUGCUUAGUGUCGCUUUGGGCCAACCGUGUUAACAGUCCUGGUUUAGAGUAGUGUCCCCUCCCGACCCUGCUGCGCUGCGCAAGCUGCUUCCCACCGCCGGAGUCCGGACCCGUGGCUUGUAGUUGUGCCCUGGCUGAGCUGAGCGCCGCCCUCCACACCUCGGGGUGCAGCGGGUGAGGGUCUUGUUCCGUGUGGUACUUCCCGAAGUGAGGUUUUUCGGUUCUCCCCCUCUCGUGUUUGGGGACCGGUCCAGACCGCAGGGCUGCUCGGGGAGCUCAGCCUGUGGGGCACAGCAGCCCGGCAGGAGUCCUGCCGGUGUGGCCGCCGGGGGGGAUGCCCAGCACUGCCUUUUAUCACAGACUUCAGCUCCCCUUCUCUGCCCACCCCACA